CCAUGAUUUACCUACUCCAGACUCGGUACUGUCGGUUAGAGCGUUACUAUCUUGGAUCUUGGCUACUUGGGUGACUAAGGUGUACAAAUAUUCUAGGUUAGAUAUUCUGACCCCAGCAAACGGCGUGUUUGUUAUAUUGUUAUAUUCUUCAAUAUUCUAGAUUGGUAAGCCGACAUAUUUAUUAUAAGCCAUAAAAGACAUAUGUCUAAGGAAUUACAUCGGAGAAUAAAACCGUAUCGAGGACGCACAGUACAUGCAUUCGCUCACCGAUAUUCAAAGCAGCCUCACCAAUACCAUCUUCUGUUCUGUUAGCCAACUCCAAGAUUUAGUUUGAGGCAGUAGAACUAAAGGUAGAAAGGUGUCCUAUUCUUACAAGCUAAUUCCUACGGCAUAUUAAGCUCAGCUACAUGCAUUAUCUGCAAACAUGUUCUUCCCCCAGCUACUUCGUCAACGGCCUCGUCUCACUACGAUAACACGUCUGUCUCAUCUCGCACCGAGACCCCUAGCACGCUUUGCAAGUAACGGAGCACAUUCCAAGCCCUUCUCAACCGGUACCGUGGCUAUUUCCUUCGCCGCAGGACUAGCAUCAGCUACAACUGUGUACUGGUUUACCUCUCGUAGCAGCCAGACCCAAACACCAGGUCCUGCAGAAGCAUCUAGUGCUUUAAACGACAAGGGCAAUGGUAUUCCAGACCUAAAUAAGCUGGGCUUGUCCGAUCAGAUUGCUUAUAGCCCCACUCCCACUUCGGAGGACGUCACGCGCCAGUUGAACGAGCAUGCCUUCUCCGUACCCGGGGGAGGGAAUCCGGUGAGGAGAUACGACGGUGCUCAGUUGGCUUCUAAUAGUCCUUGCGAAGAUGCCUUCAUACACGGCAGCUUCUCUAAUCCCCUUGAUAAAAACAACGAGGACUGGCUCGCAUGGGGUGUUUUCGACGGCCAUUGCGGCUGGCAACUAUCAAAUCUCUUAACCAAACAACUAAUCCCGUACGUCCGGAAUGCUCUCGGUAAUGCCAAGCCCAAGGACGGAAAUCAACUCAGCGACGAGGACAUCCAAGAAGCCAUAAAAUCGGCUUUUACAACCCUCGAUGACACCCUGGUCAAGUCCGCCGCAGCAACUAUCGAGAGCGGUCUUUCUUUUGCAGAGAAAGUUAGAAGACUAGAGGCCGCGUACGCAGGCUCAUGCGCCCUCCUAGCUCUCCUCGAUCCGCAGAGUAGAAAACUCACGGUAGCGUCGACGGGAGACUGUCGGGCGGUCCUCGGCCAGAAGACCGCGGACGGCAAAUGGGCUGCUACGGAACUUACGACGGACUGCACAGGUGCUACCCCGAGCGAAGUCGCCCGCAUCCAGGCGCAGUUCCCCGACGAGCCCGAGAUAGUCAAAGGUGGCCGGGUGUGGGGUAUGCAGCCGUCCCGGACUUUCGGCGACGGCAUGUGGAAGUGGCCCGCGGCGCUGAAGGAGACCCUUCGUAACUACUACAACGGGCUAAGCUUGCCGUCUGCUAUACGGUAUGGCGCUUACAAGGAAGGGCCGUACCUGACUGCCGAGCCGUUGGUCACUACGACCAAGAUCCCAGAAUCUGGACCCUCGUUUCUAAUCUUAGCGACAGAUGGCUUGUGGGACGCGAUGACAAGCGAACAGGCUGUUGACUUAGUAGGGAAGUGGGUCGAGUGGCAGGCUCAGGGGCAAGGAAAGCCGGUGAAACCGAAGUCAGACGGUUUUGGCGAGGUAGUUCUUGGGCGCAAGCAGCAGUGCCGAUUCGAGGAGCAAAAGCUUACGCUGCAGGAUAACAACGCGGCUGUGCAUCUCGUGCGCAACGGCUUAGGAGGCGGCGACGAGAAAAUGGUGCAGGGCGCGCUGACGUUUAGGUACCCGAACUCGAGGGAUAUUAGGGACGAUAUUACCGUUCAGGUUGUCUUCUUUGCGCCUGCUAGCGGGAAGGGGGGGAAGUAAAGUAAAGUAAAGGGAGACGUAGGGGAAGGGGGGGUUGGUGAUGAUACAGUACAUGCUCAUAGCGGGCGUUGUGUAUACCCACUGGCGUUUGUUGAUUUCUUGGAUGUGGUAGAUGGCAUGUAUGAAA